AUGAACGCCGCUAGACUACAAUUGAACCAGCCAAACUAUCGUCAUCUCGCACAGUUUCCGGAGACACACGCCCGAACAUAUAUUUAUCACAUGCACUGGAAGUCAUUCAAGAAUAGGGAAUCAGGACAACCAGACGCGUCAUUGAAAAAUCUGGAGAAAGCCGAAAGAAAAAUCAACGCGACAAAUUAUUUGACUGAAGAAGAGACAGAUGAUUUGAACCGUCUCGCGAACGCUAUCCGCGGAGAAUGGGGAGAUGUUCGUCAACCAGGCGGAUUGUGGGAUCAAAUCCAGACGCAACGGGAUCACUAUGAAAAAUGUUGGUUGCAAUUUAUGAGCAAAACGAACAGGGAAGACAUGCUAUUCAACCCAAACAAAACAUUCUCUGAAUACUUGGAAAAGGUUGAAAAAUAUCUUGAGAGAGUCAAAACCAACGAAAGAUAUACUCUGCUGGAACCCAAAGAACUUGCGAUUUUCGUCACAGAACACGAAAUCCGACAGGUUCAAUCAAGACCACCCCCAAGUCUUCACAUUCCUGGAAUAGUCAAUCAUCAUGGAACUUUUUUUCCAAGUGUUGGGCAGACCUUCGGGACCGUGCCGUACCACGCGCCGUACCACGUGCCAGGUCAGAUGUUUUACACUCCAAACAAUUUUCCACCAGGAUAUCAUCAGUAUUAUUCGGAAAGACCUGUGUUCCCAAAUGGAAAUAGUUAUGUUCAUCCAAACUAUGUUGGCAAUCAAAUGCAUUAUCACAAUCACGUUGUGAACGUUUCUGCACCACCAACCCAAGUUGUUCAACCAUCAUUUUCCACAGGAAUCAAUGUUCACGACAAAGAGACUGAUGUCCAAAAUACCAUGGGAAAUUUAUCGAUUGUUGAUGAAGCCAACACUUCUUUGGAGGAAUGUAAGCCACGUUCCUCAAAUGGCGGACAACAAAUUGCUCUUCACUGCCCGGUUACAGUGAAUGUUUCUGCACCACCUUCCCAAGAUGUCCAAAUGUCGGAAACUUGCGAUGACUCUGUUUGUGAACAAGAAAAAGAGGACUGUCACAUUGGCCAAUCCGAAACUCUUUCUGCACCAACUGCCCAAAAUGUUCAAAAGUCGACUGGAAACCUGUUGGAAACUUUCACCGACUCCGUGCAUGAAGAAGAAAAAAAAGACUCCCACAUUGGACAAUCACAAGAGACACGAGCUCCCAUCCCUGAGAAUCUAUUCCAAACCGACUCUCCAUUGGAGGAACAGAUGCCAUCUACACCCAUCCGAGCUAUCGUCCAAUCGUCAAAUCGAACGCGUUCAAGAGCGUCAGCGUCCAAAAGGAGAUCAGCGGGUUUGGGUGGUUACAAAAAUUACAUAAACCGCCCGAAGAUACAGCUAAGCAAAGUUUCUACUGUAUCAGAAAAUGAAAGAAAAAAUGAAAGUGGAUCCGACACGGCCCAAAACGCCGCAUUGUGUCUUCUCACAGAUUGGAGAAAGAGCCCAGAAAUGACGUCUCCAGAAAACCGAGGACCCGAUAUUGCCGCUCUUCUCCAAGAAUAUUUGAAAUUUGCUGUUGGAUCCGUCGGUUUCGAAGAAACAGAGACGGAAGACAUUCUUCGCUUUGAAGAAUCAAUGGUCCAAAUUCUUCAAAUAUAUAAAGAUAGUGGGGUUGACCUCUUGGCUGACUUCGCCAAGAGAAAUAAGCCGGUCUGA